CUAGCAUACAUUUAGCAGUUAGUAGUGGUCGGAAGUUCUUUUCGUCAGAUGAAAAAGAAAAAAAGAAAUUAAAAAAAUGGUAUUAUAUUAACAAGUAUCAGUUACCAAUAAAUUUUCGGACUGAAUAAGAUAAAACGCAUUGUAAAAACUUUCUAUUUAUAUAAUCGACAUUGAGCUGGUGCGUCUGAUUACGUUUACUCCAAAACAAGCAGGAUUCAGUAUUGAUACUGUUGAAAAUAAAAUCGGUUUCAAGUAGAUGAUGGCACCAUCUAAAGCGAUUAAUAGCCAAAAUAAACCCGUCAUGAUGGUUAACGCAGUAAAAAAAAGUAUUACUACAAGAAAUCAAAAAGCAGCUGAUCAAAUAAAUAUAAAACCGCUCGUGACUGCUAAAGAUUUGAGGUUUAAACGAAAAGCAGACGCAUCGCCUCUCAAAGACAAAAUGAUUAAGAGAUCAGCCCUUGGAAAUAUUACAAAUGCUAUUGGAAAAUCAUUAGGUGUUCAAUUGGCUGAUCCAAAAAAAGUGGUAAAAAAAACACAAGCCAAACCGGUUAGCUCCACAUAUACACUUAGGAAUACUGAAAAAGUUAUUGUAAAGCCCAUUGCUGUAAUUGAUAAGCCCUCAUCAAAAUUAAAAAAUGUCAGCAAAGUUACAAGGACUACAAAAAAAUUAGAAGUAAAAAAAGGCAUUCCACAAAAAAGUGAAAAUCAAAAAUCAAUUGAUGUAGAAAAAUCGAACGAUAGUUCUUUGUAUGUUAGUGCACUAGAAGAUUUAUCUCAAGGAAAUGACAAAAAAAUCGAACUAAAUAUCGAUAGAAUUGAAGAAGAAACUAUAGUUCAAAAAAUAGGUAAAUCUAAAAGAACUUCUGUCAACACUCCAACCAAACAAAGUGUUGAAUAUUUAGAUAAAACACCAGUUCGACAGUUACCUUCUGGUGUUUUAUGGGACUUUGAUGUUGAAAAUUGGCGUGAUCCUUACCAAGUAUCGCAGUAUGCAAUGGAGAUAUUUGAAUACCUUAAAAGCCGAGAAAGAAAUUUUCUUAUUGGUGAUUAUAUGGAAAAACAAGUUUGUUUAUCACGAUGGAUGAGGUCUUUAUUAGUUGAUUGGAUGAUUGAAGUUCAAGAAUCAUUUGAGUUGAAUCAUGAAACUUUAUAUUUAGCUAUUAAAUUAGUCGACUUAUAUUUGACUAAGGUAACUGUAGGAAAAGAAACUUUACAAUUGUUAGGAGCAGCUAGUUUAUUUAUUGCUAGUAAAUUCGACGAAAGAAUCCCACCAAUGAUUGAGGAUUUUUUAUACAUAUGUGACGGUGCUUACAGUCAACGUGAACUUAUUAGAAUGGAGAUGAAUGUCCUAAAAAUAGUUGAUUUUGAUUUGGGGAUUCCAUUGUCCUACCGAUUUCUUCGACGAUAUGCAAGAUGCAUAAAAAUAUCAAUGCCAACUUUAACACUAGCUCGUUAUAUUUUGGAAUAUUCCUUAAUGGAUUAUGCAACAAUAAUGUUCAGUGAUAGCAAGUUAGCUUCUGCUGCUCUUUUUCUUGCUCUCCAAAUGAAAGAUCUUGGCGGAUGGACUCCAACUUUAGAAUACUAUACUGGAUACACAAUUGAUGACAUCAAGCAUAUAGUAAAUUUACUUAACCAAGGUCUUCAUAGGAAAAAUAAAGAUGCUCUAUCGACUGUUCGCAAUAAAUACAGUCACAAGAUAUUCUUCGAGGUCGCUAAAAUACCUUUAAAAGAAAGUUUAGACUUCUAGUGGAUCAUUCAAGUAUUAUUAUUAUUAAUAAUAGUAAUACUACUGUAAUCACUAUUAUUACGACUACUACUGCUAAUAGUAAUAAUAAUUAUAAUUAUAAUUGUAAUUAUAAUAACAAUACUAAUGGUGAUGAUGAUGAUGAUGAUAAUAAUAAUUAUGUUUUUAUUUGGUUGUAAAAUUACAAGGCAAUUGCAAAGCAUUGAGUAAUUUCUUUAAAUAAUUAACUGAUAAUUUCUACCAAUUUUUAUAUUAAUUUAAUAGAAAACAAUUACAUUUUGAAACUAAAAUAUAUUUUAACUAUUAAAAUAUGUCAACGCAGAGCUUUAAUUUUUUAACCACUAAGUUGAACGAAACCACACCUGCGGCAUCAGCGUAAAAACUUCUUAUGACUAUUGACGGGUCGCUAAGUGGAAGAACACCCAAAAGCGUCGAAGGGUUAAACAAUUAACAAUCAGCUAAGCUACCCAUGAAAUAUUUACUCAUAUUAUACAGAGGAGCAAUAUUUUCAAUUUUUAUUUUACCACCAAUGAAACUUAUUUUUUUUUUUCAAAGUAUUUGUAAAAAGUGUUUAAUCUAUCAUUGUAUUCAUUUCAUAAAUUUUUCAUAUGCUACGUAAUAUUGAUGAUCUAUUUUGGAUACUAGUUUAAAGAAUAUAUGUAUUU